ACGGUCUUUCCAAACCUCCCCAAGGACGACGUGUACAUACUCCUUGCCCUGAAUCUCUUUUUUACAUAUAAUGUACCUAGGGAACCGUAUUUGUCCAAUCAACUAGCGAAGUAAAUAAACAUUCAACAAAGGAAAAUAAGAAAUACCCAUUCAAGGGUACAAGCGACUCAAGGCCAUAUGAGGAUGAACAUUCUACGAGUACGGAGUACUUCUAGCAACGACAUUGCACCGAACCCCGAAAUAUUACAGGAAUAAAUAUGGGCAACACGAGCAGUUGUCGAGACCGACGGAAAACAUUUGGUCUCUUGAUCUACGACGUCCUUUCCUCUCACAGACGGAAGGGCUCUUGCGUCUCAAUCUCGUAGUCCCAAGUAACGCAAGGAUGACUUCUCAGAAGGCUGCCGCCAAUGACUUUCCAAAGAUCGAUUCUCACAUCCACCUGUAUGCUGCAUCACAUAUCCCAUCUUUGCGUUGGACGGGUGGCCUGGAUGAACAGCACGUUCUCAACCGGCAGUGUUCAGUCGAAGAGUACAAAUUAGCCACACAGCAUGACAAUACUGUGCAGGGAUUUGUUUUUCUAGAAACAGAUCGUAAAUCUGAUCUGGGGCAGGAUCACUGGCAGAACGCGUUAGAUGAGGUCGAUUUCCUGGUGAGAGUUGCAAAAGGUACUCCUCGAGACGGAGAGGGUCAUCAAUCUGUCGAUGCUAAGCUCGUCCUGGCUAUCAUUCCAUGGGCUCCAGUUGCAGCUGGCGAGAGAUUACUAGCUACCUAUGUCGACCGAGUGCGCCAGCAAUGUGGAGAGGAAUUUGACCUGGUCAAAGGCUUUCGGUACCUACUUCAAGACAAACCAUCCGGUACAAUGCUACAACAUCACCUCAUUGAAGGCUUACAGUGGUUGGGCAAGAAUGACUUUACAUUUGACCUCGGGGUUGAUGCCAGGUCUGGUGGACUUCACCAAUUGGAAGAGGCAUGUGAAAUGAUGGAUAGAGUCUACGAAGAAGAUAGCGGACUCAAAAUCAUCAUCAAUCACUUCUGCAAACCAAAUCUGAGGCUGUCACCUGAUGAAGCUUUUGCCGGACACAGUGAAUUCAUCAAAUGGAAACAGUGCAUCGAAAGAAUGGCCAGACACAGAUCAGCUUACAUGAAGUUAUCCGGGUUUUUUUCUGAGCUGCCUCCGCAGACUUCAGACAUGCCCUCAAAUAUCUCCAUCAUCGCGGAGCAUAUGAAGCCAUGGGUCGACGUCGUCUUCGCAGCAUUCACCCCCCGCAGAAUCAUGUUCGGAUCAGAUUGGCCAGUGUGCAACGUUGGUGGUCCCAGUAUCAAGUCCUCCUGGCCACACUGGCGAGCUGUUGUCGAGGCUAUACUAGAAUCCGAAGGUCUAGAUGUUGAAGAAAAGGCGAUGAUUUGGUCAGGCACAGCUACAGAAGCCUACGGCAUUCGGCCCACUUUGUCAGGACUUUAGUCCACAUGAAUAACUGGCUUUUCAUUACGCGCUACUGAAAGUUCACAAACGCCCCUCCAUCGACCAAGAUUGCUGCUCCUGUGACAUAGGAUGACAACUCACCGCAUGCUAAGAACAAGGCCGGCCCUGCCAUGUCAUCAGGCCUUCCCAGCCGUCCGAGGGGUAUGCGACCCUCCAUAUAUCUUUUCUUCUCACUUCCCUCUGCCAGAUCUUCAUCAUUGAGCUGAGUGCGAAUGGUGCCAGGCAGGAGGGCAUUGCAUCUGAUGUUGUAUUUACCUAGCGCUGUGGCGGUGGACUGCAUGAGGGACAAUAUCCCGGCCUUUGUCGGCGUGUAAUGACACUGUUGAGCGCCACCCACAAGAGCCGAAAUGCUUGAAAUGCCAAUAAUCGAACCUCCUUGGGGCUCCUGCUUCGCCAUCUGUUGUGCCGCUGCUUGUACAACAUAGAAGGCUCCUGAUAGGUUGGUGUUGAGAUGCCUCUGCCAGGAGUCAGGUGAGAUUUCGAGGAACUCCUCAAACUUGCAGAUACCCGCAUUCGAGACCAGUGUGUCGAGUCUGUUGAACUUUGCAACCGUCUGUGCAACGAGAUCUUUGCCUGCCUCGGGUUGGGAGAUAUCGCCGGCAAUAGCAAGAAUUGGUACAUCUUGGAGGUCUUGUGGAGAGGAAGAAUGAGAACGAUUCCUGAUGGCAUCGAAGGCUUCGGUCCGGAGAGACGAGAGGAGUAUUUCUUCAUCCUUGUUGUGAGAUGGGAGGUAGUUUAUGACAACUUUAGCACCAUGUGAAAGGAAAAGGAUAGCAAUUGCUCUUCCGAUUCCUGUCAGACCGCCCGUCACGGCACAGACAUGUCCCUGAAGAAGAGGUGGCAGCGCCAUGGCUUUCUCUCUUCAAGGAUGGCUUGCCAAUAGAUUAUGUUAGGAUGAGUUCAGAGGUCUUUCUUGAAAGAUUCUUAAGAGGCCAGCGGAAAUGGACAGGAUGUUUAGGUAUACAAAUAUAUCGACACACGAGAUGUUUCUCGUCGCCUAUGAUGAAUUCUACAGAACGCUGUUGUUCGUGCGAGCUUUGGUUCUGGUAUUUGACGCUUCACUUCGGUGCAACAGCCACCGAGAGGGAAAAUCGCGAUGGAUUCGUCUUACAUGGCAUGAUUUGUCAGGA